UGGUCCAGAAUCUUCUCACCGGCGGUAGGAUUUUGGAACCUUCCUGGAGAGGUCGCAAAAAAUUACAUAACAAAACGGUGCUGUGGUACAUUUUGCCUGUGCUCAACUAGUGCCAACCUAAUCGAUCGGCAUGGCCCGGAACAUGCUAAACAUUGCCAAGUAUGCUCGAACAUUACUGAACCGGCAGCAGGCCAGGUACUAUUCGGAGGUUUCGGUUCAGUUCCCAAAAAUUACCACCCACUACACGGUUCACCCGCGCGAUAAAGAUCCACGAUGGGGAGAAGUCGACAUGGAACGAUUCGUCGACGAAGCCGACAUCCUUAUCGUCGGUGGAGGACCAGCAGGACUUUCGGCAGCCAUACGAGCGAAGCAGCUAGCAGCGGAAAAGGGCCAAGAGUUGAGAGUAUGCGUGGUGGAAAAGGCAGCCGAAGUAGGAGGACACAUUCUAUCCGGUGCGUGCCUCGAUCCGGUAGCACUGAACGAACUCAUCCCGGACUGGAAGGAACAGGGUGCACCGCUCAAUACGCCAGUAACGCAUGACAAAUUCUCCUACCUCACCGAAUCGGCCAAGCUACCGAUUCCAAUCUUUCCCGGGUGGCCCAUGGAUAAUCGGGGGAACUACGUCGUGCGGUUAGGCCACGUUGUAGCCUGGCUCGGACAGCAAGCGGAAGCACUCGGGGUAGAAAUCUAUCCGGGCACAGCCGCAGCCGAAGUACUGUUCCACGAGGAUGGGUCCGUUAAGGGUGUUGCAACCGGUGAUGUCGGUAUCGGUAAAGAUGGUGCCCCGAAGGACACAUUCGCCCGUGGCAUGGAGCUGCAUGCGAAAACGACCAUCUUUGCAGAAGGUUGCCGUGGCCAUCUUUCGAAGCAGCUAAUGUCACGCUUUGGAUUGAACGCGGAAAACGAUCCCCAAACGUACGGCAUCGGGUUGAAGGAAGUGUGGGAAAUUAAGGCAGAAAAUCACAAACCCGGCCUGGUGGAGCAUACGAUUGGGUGGCCGCUGGAUAAGAACACGUACGGUGGAUCGUUCCUGUACCAUCUGAACGAACCGACGCCAUUGGUAGCGGUAGGCUUUGUCGUUGGGCUGGAUUACGUUAAUCCGUACCUUAGUCCGUUCCAAGAGUUCCAGCGCUUUAAAACACACCCGAAGGUACGCGAUACGUUCGAGGGUGGCAGUCGUAUUGCGUACGGUGCACGUGCAUUGAACGAGGGCGGGUUUCAGAGCAUUCCCAAGCUAACGUUCCCGGGCGGAUGUUUGGUGGGAUGCGGGGCUGGCUUUAUGAAUGUGCCGCGUGUCAAGGGAAGCCAUUAUGCGAUGAAGAGUGGUAUGUUGGCGGCCGAGAGUGCGUGCGAGGCUGUGUUUUCCGGUGCCACACAGGAAAAGACCGGCCUGGAGCCGAAAGAUUAUCCUGAUCGUAUAAAAGAAUCGUAUGUAUGGAAAGAUCUGUACAAAGUGCGAAACUCGCGUCCUAGUUUCCACACCGGACUUGGUCUUUAUGGAGGCGUUGCGUACAGUGGCUUUAGCAUUCUUGUUGGUGGCCGUGAACCGUGGACGUUGCACCAUGGCUCUCCUGAUCAUACUCGCCUGAAGCCUGCCAAGGAAUGCAAACCGAUCGAGUAUCCGAAACCGGACGGCAAGCUAACGUUCGAUCUGCUCUCAUCCGUUGCCCUAACCGGUACUAACCACGAGGGUGACCAACCGGCUCAUCUUACGCUGAAGGAUGAUACGGUCCCGGUCAAGAAUAACCUUACCAUCUAUGACGGCCCGGAAGCACGAUUCUGUCCAGCAGGUGUUUACGAAUAUGUAGCGAACGAUGAGGGCGGUAAUAUGAAGCUGCAAAUUAACGCACAAAACUGCAUCCACUGCAAGACCUGCGACAUUAAGGAUGUGACGCAAAACAUUAACUGGGUCGUGCCGGAAGGUGGUGGCGGUCCAGCUUACAACGGAAUGUGAAGCACGCGUUGGAGCACUAUCAGUCGUUCUUCCACGAUCGUAGCAUAUUGUCCUUGGUCAGCAGGCCCGAGCGACAUGGUCGAAUUUAUUGUGUUAAGUAAUAAAGUUUCCCCAU